UUCCCUGUUGACUUGUGUUACAGAGGUGAGAAACGUGUUUGUGAUAUUAAACAGGGGAAAUCUCUUUACAAGGAGCACUUCAACAUUCAGCCACCGAUCCAGCCCAGUCUACAUGCUUCUGUAGUCCGAGUUAUUUCCAUAUUAAUGUCUAAACCUUGGGAUCAUGGGAGCUGAAGUAAGUUGUAGGAGAGGACAGCGCAAGCAGAGAAAGCCGUCUCUACGAUCUUGCCCAAAUAAUCUUCCUGAAAGCUGUUUGGACAUUAACAAGGCCACAGAAGAAGAGCUGAUGACCCUUCCUGGUGUUAAUCGUAACUUAGCCCAGAGCAUCACUGCACAUCGGCGGAAGAUCCGAGGGUUCCGUCGUGUUGAGGAUCUGGCACUGGUAACAGGGGUUGGAGCUGAGCGGAUGCUGGAGCUAAGACCUGAGAUUUGUGUGGUAAAGUCUGAAACAACCAUGACUGAAAUGAAUGGCUCAAGGACUAUAUAUGAUGAUGUGGCAAUGUCUCAGUCAAACACACGAGAGGAGGAGAAUAUAGAGCAGAAAAACAAACUUCAAAGCACAGUAGUGCUUCACAACUAAUGCAACUAUUAUUCCAGGGUCAAGAAAUCUGUAAGAUGACAUUCAAACCUACAAUGGAUUGGUGAUUUUAUAAAUGAGUUGGCUUGGAUUAGAGCAUCUAAAAAGACAAAAGCACUGUAAAAAAUGUAGAUUCUAGAAAAUCAGAAAUAUUAGUCCUUAGUCACAAGUGUUAUGCACAAAAAGGGAAAGACAAUGUGCUUUUACCUGUUUUAGCACUUAUAUCAGUAUAUUAGCCUUUAUUGGUAAUACCUGGUUACAAUAAAUCUGAGUAAUUACACUAUAAUCCCAAAAUCCUGUAAGGGACCCGAAGACUGGAUGUAGCCCUCCAAUACAUUUUUAUAGUUCCCAGACUUUACCUGGUUACCGAGUUCUUUGCAUUAUAUAAUUUUAUUAUAAAGUGGCCCUCAAACAUAUAGUAAAUAAUGGGCCCACUAUAUGGAAACCAUUGUACAGCACUCAUUCAGACUAUGGAAGGGCCAAUUCACCAGUGUAUACCAGCUCAGAAACAUAGCACAUAACCAAAAAUAUUUUUCUGGCGCAAAUGGUAGCAUACCUGCUUAAAGGGGAACUAUCACAAAAAUUACAAUUCAGUCUAAGCUUCAUCAUACUGAAACAAGAACAUUUCUAAAUAUAAUCAAUGAAAACUCUUAACGUGUUUUUGAAACAAUUACGUUU